AUGGAUUACGGAGGUGGCAUCCAGGUCCUGGGUCCUACCAUACUCGCAGGACAUGUACUAGCGCGCCAAGCAGGUGAUAAGGCUUCAGCCUCUUCGGUUCUGCAAGGAAGUCCGAUGACGUCCUCACCUCCAUUCCCCCUUUCUACCUUCGAAAUGCACUUCGCAAACUUUGUCAAAAUCCGCUUGAGUCCUACUACUCUGCUCCUCGUGACCAUCUUCGGCCAGACUGUGAUCAUGGGUUUUGCAUGGGGCUUCACCGGAGGAAUCUUGUUCACAGGGGUUCUCGCACUACCUGAUCAUGUCGUCCGUCUAAUCGUGGAGUAUCCGACCGUGCUGACCUUGAUAGUUACUCUGAUCUCAACUACCUUGUCAAUCAUUACUUCGAUGUUCUUUACAUUUGCCGUCAAAGAAGCGCUUCGGCACCACCUCUCGGGACCGAUGACACUGUUCAAGCUUCGCACUGCAAUAGCGCUGAGCAGGCCGACCUGGGUAUUACGAUGGAGAUCUCUCAAAUUGUCGGCCCUCACAUUGGCAGUUUAUGCGGUGGUGGCAUUUCUGAACACGAGUUGGAGCACCUUACUCCUCCCUACUCUUGUCCAAUGGCCUGUGACAACAUUCGGAACGGAGCUAGACUUAGGAUCUGUUGCAUUUGUAAACCAGUUGAGUACGGAUCUCAAUGCCAUGGAAGCGAACAAUGUACAAGCACCUGCGUUUGAAACGAUCAAUGUCUUAACUCUCCUCAGUGGUGUUGCUGCGGUUGACAAUCAGGGAGGUGUGCAAACGAGUAGUAUGUUCAGCUUCAACGGAGUUUCAUACAAUCAGUCGACUGGUGGGGUUCUUCCUGCGAUAGAGGAAUACUCUGGAUCGUCAAACCCGCCGGGUCCUAACGUUGGCUUAGCGUUUUCUGGGGGACGAGUACCGGUUAAUACCAGUUUUGACUGGGGACACCUCGGACGCGAUGCAGGCACUCAAGGGAUUGCGAAGAACUACACUGUUACACAGCAGGGUGUCUCAGCGAAUGUUACAUGCCAACCGAUGGACCGCAGUCAAAAUACAUUCAGCGUCUACCCAAUAGAAACGGUAGGACCAAAUAUCACGUUCUUCACGUGGCAAGCCAUUGCGAAUUGUUCCGGAACUCCAGAUUUAAAUUUACAGUACUACUUCACCGCUGGCACCCUGGGCGGUCAGAUAGACAAUGUAACCGAAGGAUUUCUCCCCACUGUUGUAUGUCCUAACCCAAACUCGACGACAUUCAACCCAUAUAAAUUUGGUGUUUUUAUGUCUGGCUUGUACAAGUACAGCUUUCUACCAACGAUCGUUUGCGAGGUCGUUCCCUACCUGACCACGGUCAACGUCACUUAUAAUGGAGGCAUUAUAUCUGUCGAUCGGAUUGAUACAUCAACGAGCAGUCCAAAUUUUCCUUUAUCUCAGUACAUCGCAACUGUGAUGGCUUAUCAAUCAGGGUCAAACCAAGCCAUGACCAACAAUAUAAUUGGUGACUUUUUGACCGCAUACGGAACCAGCAAUGUAUCAGUCAUGUACAGCGAGCUGGAAGAUUACUGGCGCGGUAUUGCGGAGUUCUCCUCUACUCAACUUCGCUCUGGAUACUCUGCUUCGGGAGUUCCGUCGAAUAUGACAAGGCCGACGAACGGUACGAUGUAUAUCACGACGUACGGCUGGCGAAGCCAAGCCCAUACGUAUAUUCUUUUGCUUGUGGUGAUCACCCUGAUCUGGGGCGCCACCAUUUUAGCCGCCGGGUACAGCCUCAUCCAAGAAAAAAUCCAUGCCUCCGAUCCAUCUUUCGACUUUUCUGAUCCCGUUGAUCUCAUCAUUGCGGCAUCUGGCGGAAGACUUGGAUCACACCUUUACGAAGAUGAUAGAAACAAAGUACACACUAGCGAGGACAUCACCGUUCGCUUUGAAGAUGUACACGACAAAUUGGGAAGGAGAACCAGCAAGAGACUGGUCACUGUCGCUCCGGAACCCCUGCCAAAGACCGCGGAACCUUGAUAUCGUUUAUAUAGUGAUUGAAUUGCUGAAUCUGUUAUAUGUAAUUUGUCACGGUGAUCGUAGUCCUUAUUCAAUUGCCUCGUACUAUUACGGCUAUGUACUUUUAUCAUAUCGAUAUGUAAACCAGAUUUCUUUUCGUCUUACCGCUUCUAUUCAGCGCUUGUGGAGCUGGACAAACAAAAGGGUCCCGAUUACCUUGAUCGGGCGAAAUACCUGAACACCGCCAUA